AUGUACAACGAGUCGGAGUGCCAGACAUUACUCUUUGAUAUCUUUUAUAAGUGGAAUGCAUUCAAUGUGUGCAAUUAUGGCGAUCAGCUUCACAACGUGACACAAAAGCCUGUGGUCCUCAUGCGAAAACCUGCAAAGGGACUGCUUGUUUCAUGCUGCAAGCACUGCCCAAUCUACCAAUACAUGUCCGGAUGUGUGAAUUUAACUCCAUGGCAAAUGGCUGACAUAGAAGUGAGUUGUACCAACUAA